AUGCUCACUCCACUCAUACUUCUUCCACUUCCUCUUAUUGUUAGAACUAUUCAAGCAAGAUGUGCUUACAUUGUAUUGCUUCUCACCGUCUAUUGGGUGACUGAAGCGAUGCCAUAUGCAGUAACUUCAUUAUUGCCACUUGCAUUCUUUCCUAUGGCUGGCAUUCUACCCGGUGAAAUAAUCUGCCAGAACUAUUUCAAAGAUAUUACAACAUUGCUGGUUGGCAGUAUGAUGCUAGCUCAUGCAAUGGAUCAUGUUCAUCUUCAUCGACGAUUAGCGUUCUUCGUACUCAGUAUUGUUGGUUCAUCGACUAAAUUGAGUAUGGCUGGAUUAAUGAGUGUCACAGCUUUCUUGAGUAUGUGGAUUAAUAAUUCGGCCGCUACCAGUAUUAUGAUACCGGCAGCAAUUGCUAUUAUUGAUGAAGUUGAAAAUUAUCAAAAACAAAUUCAACAACAGCAGCAACAGCAAACACCAGAAAUCGAACAACGAUUGAAAGAAAUCGUAACAGCAGUUACACCAGUCGACCUUGAUUUGAAGACAACGAUCAUAGAAGAAAACGCAAAGCAAUCAUCUUCACGGGAUAAUAUUGAUAUAAAUCUCGAUGAAUUGAUGAUUGAACUUGCACCAUUAAACAACCAAGAAACAGUUGAUUUCAAUACGACGGAUAAUCGUUUAUCCAUAACUCAACUCGACUAUAGACAACUUAAGAGUGGCUUUCUUAUCUCUGUGGCUUACAGUUCUGCUAUAGGCGGUCUGAUAACACUAGUCGGAACUGGCACAAAUAUUUUUACCAAAGGAUUUAUUGAUCAAUUCUACGGAUCUGGAAGCUAUGUCUUCAAAGUUUCAUUUGCCAACUUUUUCUUGUUCGGCUUACCAAUUGGUGUUACUAUGCUUAUAAUCUGCUGGUUAUGGUUACAAAUCUUGUACAAUCGCAAAGAACUCUUUCAAUGGAAGACCAAUUUGACUGUGCAAAACUCAGAGAAACAUUUGAAAGUUAUUCUCAAAAGGCAAUACCGUGACUUAGGCCCAUAUAACUGGCGCGAACGCAUUGUUACUAUUCUUUUCAUUAUCCUAAUCGUUCUAUGGGUGACACGUGACUUUUCAAGUAGACCUGGAUGGCAAAUCAUAUUUCGAGAGGAUUAUAUUACAGAUGGAACAAUUGCCAUAUUCAUCGGUUCGUUGCCAUUAAUAUUACCUGAUCAAAAUCCAUUUCAAAAAAAUUGGAAAUAUAAUCCGAUUCUUCAAUGGGAUCAACUAUCGAAAUCAUUUCCGUGGGGUGUAUUCAUGUUACAAGGUGCAGGAUUGGCUAUUGCCGAUGGAUUCAAGGCAUCGAAUCUAUCGACAACUAUUGCCUGUUUUCUUCAUAUUAUUGUUGGAGCAUCUAAAGAACUCAUCAUUUUUGUUGUUAUCGUCAUCAGUGCUAUUUUUACUGAAUUUACAAGCAAUAUUGCGUGUGCUAGCAUCUUAUUUCCUGUUCUUGAUAGUGUUUCUCGUACGGUUCACGUUCAUCCAGCUUAUCUUAUUAUGUCAUCGUGCAUGGCUGUAUCACUCUCGUUCAUGUUACCAAUCGCUACUCCACCGAAUACCAUGAUAUUUUCCAGUGGCCAUAAAAAAGGGAAAGGUUACUUAGCAUCUAAAUUAACAUAUUAA